AUAUUCCAGACACUGCAGCUGAAGGUAUAUCAUCCUUGAUUUGUCUGCUUUCUUCGACGCAUUCAUCACAUCCGUGUGGCUUGCUGUGUCACCCUAUGGAAACGUUCCCGACAUGCCCGGCCCACUGGAAGCCUGAGAGGUGAUGUUUCUGGGAGGACUGACUAAAACGGGCACUAGGAGAGAGAUGGCCGCGCAAGCUUUUUGGCUGGCGACAGCGCACAGCAGCAGCCCGGGUUGGCAGCGCACCUCUUUUUACUGUACUACUUCGCGCAGCAGCACAGGAAUGCUGAAGUGAUUCAUCGGAAUGUGAACAAGCAAAUGUCGCCACAUCAGCAGCAAGCCCUGAUCUACGUCUCCGAGACUUGCCUACACCAUAGUAGCUACAUGUAGUUACCAGUGGCAAUGGGAACAAAGGAAACAGGCAUUCUCGCCUGGUGGCACAGGCUUCCUCCAGCUCGAUAUGCCGUAAUAUUCUUUGCUGUGUCGUUACUCUCGGCCAUCUUCAGCCACCACUUCGUUUUUGAUGCUGAUCCGCACAAAUGCCAAGCGCUAGUUUCGGCGGGCCAGUGGUAUAAUGAACACACAUGGCUUGUUCCUGGAUGCACCACUAUAUAUCACGAUGGCAAAAGCAUCAGGGACUGUGCUGGUGGGUAUAAGCGCAAGAUAACCUUGAUUGGCGACCUCCACGUACAGAGAUUGUACUUUCAAGUCGGCCGCAGGCUAGAUCGCGACAUUCAGAUUCCAAACAAUCGCCGGCAGGAUCUUCACUUGACCAAGGAUAACAUUGAGCUGCAGUUCUUCUACGAUCCAUAUCUCAAUGGCAGUGGACUUAUCGAUACUGUUGCCUCCUAUCACAAUGGCGGAACGGAUCGGCCACUGCUUACUGUCGUCGGAGCUGGCAAUACCUAUGCCGAAAAGGCCAUGGCAGAAGACUACGCCUUGACCAUCCAGAGUCUCGCCUCAUCUGCUGGCACAUCGAAAAUUGGCCAGGACUUCACCUACGAUCAAGGACCUGGUGACCUUCUGCUCUGGACUCCAGCAGACGAGCCACUUCGCCAAGAUUCGAGUGACAAUUUUCAUCGCAUUGUGAAUGAUAGAUUGGCCGAUACUGUCAGCACUAAUGUGUUAUGGAGCUUUCGAGACAUGAUUGCAGGCCGCAAAGAUCUAUAUAAGGAUGAUGGUGUUCGAGUCCAGGAUGAAGUCAUUCGCAGACGCGUGGAUGUGCUACUGAACCUCAGAUGUAACGCUCAGGUUGGCAGAAAAGGGAAUUUUCCGAACAGAGCUGUCUGCUGCGGUGUCUGGCGAGGACCAAACUGGGUUCAGAUGAGCUUUCUACUGCUUGGCCUUGCUAUCCUGCCUCUCGUGGUUCUUAAUGAUUUCAAGCUCGGGUUUCUUUCUGAUACUUCACGUCCAGUCUUACGAGCGUUCUGCUUCUUCACAGUAGCUGUAUCUCUACAGUGGAUCGCGGAUCGCACGCACAUUUUUGACCAAGGCACAAGAUUGGAUCUUGUGAAGUCGAACCUAUACUUCAUGAUUGCGGCUGCUUUCCUCUUCGGCUUCAUCACCAUUCGUCGCUGCAAGCCUCUGCGCACGAGCAGUCCUGGUGAAAUAAAGUCGAGCCUUCCAUGCUUGCCGCGAGAUCAAACCAACGAGUGGAAAGGCUGGAUGCAGGCACUCAUCGUCAUAUAUCAUUACAACAAGGCCUGGAAGUACGAUGAGUUUUGGCAAGUCAUUCGCCUCUCUGUGUCAUCCUACCUUUUCCUGACAGGCUUUGGGCAUACUCUCUAUUUCCUCCAAAAGAAAGACUAUUCCCUUCAGCGAUUCACGAAUGUGAUGAUCCGGACGAACCUUCUUCCGGUGACAUUGUCAUAUGUCAUGCGGACUCGAUGGCUGCUGUACUACUACAUGCCUCUAUCCACCUUCAAUUUUGUGGUGGUGUACCUCACACUCGCUCUCGGUCGCCGCUAUAAUGCGUACACAGCAUUUUUGCUGGGCAAGAUCGCAGCUUCAGCAUUCCUUGUGCACAUCUUCCUCACUACAAGAGACCUUCCGACGACUUUCGUCCGCCUUUUCCGCAUUACCUGCAACCUGAACUUUGAUUCUGGCGAGUUCUUCGGCCAUCGCGUGGAGCAAGACCAAUACAUUGUUUUCGUGGGCAUGCUCGCCGCUAUGGUAUACAUCUGGAUUCGAGCUAUCCUUGAGAGCAGGGACCGGCAAGAUCGACCUAGCAGAAGCUUCCGAGCGGCCUGGCCUGUUCUGAAAUGGUCUGCUAUAGUCCUCGCAGCAGCUACGCAUGCUGGCUUCUGGUACUGGAUACGAACGCAUAUCCGAACCCAGGCCCAAUUCCGCAAAAUCCAACCCUAUGCCACUGGCAUUCCCAUACUGACAUUUAUCGUUCUACGAAACGCACAUCCAAUCUUGCGAAACUGGCACUCUGCUGCUUUUGCCUGGCUGGGCAAGUAUAGUGGGGAGAUGUAUGUGGUGCAAGAUCAUUUGUGGCUCGCAGACGAUCAGGAAGCUGUGCUCCAAACCGGUCUUUUCCAUGGCAAUGAGACGCUCAUGGGCGACAGGUGGCGAGAUUUGUUGCUCAUUACGCCUCUCUAUCUGAUCGCCUGUUCUGUGAUUGGCGACGCUACCGGCGUGAUUGCGGAUUGGUGCACUCGGGAAGAGCCAGUAGCAGGCUAUCAAGCAUCGAUCAAUACUAAUCGACCAGUCGACGAAGUCGAGAUGGGACUCCUGGUUGGAGAUGAAGCAACCACUGAAGAGUGCAUGAACUUGAAAGAUAAGGUGACCGAUACUCCGCCAUGGUGGACGCAGACACAUGGCAAGAUUUCAGUGUUGCACAUCUGGCCGAACAAGCUCAAGUACAGGAUAUGGCUCAUCUUGGGCAUCAUGUGGCUUCUCAAUAUGACAUACACUUAGACGUCCUAUAGCGUCAAUGCUGCCAAGAACUAAUAUAGUAUCCGACUCUUUGCAUCCAAAUCGCAAUCUUCAAUUGUGUGAACGACACGUGCGGCAGGGGAAGAUAUGCCAACACUACUUGGACCCAUGACCAGCAGCCAAAAACUGGAGAGCUUUUCGUCUGCGCAAUCUACGCGCUGUCGCAGAAGUGCAGCAGGAGUAUAAGGUGGCAAACAAAAAGAAACAUGGGACGCACCACGAAUAGCACAGAAAGCCCGACUUUCAUCAAAGCUGGCUUCUCUCAGUCGUCUCGACGUUAGCACUAUUGAUUGCAUUCGAGGCAGUCAGCUCUCACUUUGUUUCCGCCAACGGGUCCAAUAUCAGUUUAGGACUGUUGCGAGAUGCUUGGGGUGGAGAUUCCAUCACGGAGGUGUGAUUCCGAGUAAUGGAAGCGUGUGCGCAAAUCCGACGAGGAGUCGGAUUUGUGAGGCGCCGAGUAUGAUGCUGUAUCUAGGUGGUGGUGGCAUCAAUUCGACUGCUGCGAGCCAUGCAUUUGUUACGGAUACCUGGUUCAUGCAGACGAAUGGGAAGGUAUUGGGAGGUACCUAGGUACUGGUCGAUUUUGCAUCGUCGAUCUAAGGUGGAGUCACGAAGGAGGUUCGUUCUUUCUUUUUUUAUAUCCCAGCAGUAGCCCCUGCUCCGAAUAAGAUCGUCAGAUCAAGAGUUUGCAUCCCAUGUCGAAAAGACAAGGACGCCUGCACCUUUGAUCGAUGAUCACCGCUAGAACUCAGGCACAUACCUAAGGU